GUGGUUAGUCACUAGCUCUGGACGUUAUCAGGAGUUUUCAGCCUAACAGGAAGUACUAUAGUGUGGGCCCUAGAACUUCAGAGAAAAGGAAUGACAUGGAGCUUUACCACUGGAGAGCUGAAUGAUUAUUGGUCAAAUGACGUCUUAUUUCCAGGUUGUUUUAGCAGUGUAUUGUUGUGGUUCAGCACACAGUGAUAUUUGUUUGUGUUGUUGACAUGUAGGCUAGUCCUAACUAAAAGGAGUGAGGGGCUGAGCUGUGAAAACAGUAGCAACUGUGACCUCAUGACAAUUGACAACAGAGCAGUGAAAUAUGGUGAGUAUAAAAUAUAUCAUUUAUAAUGAUGAGUGACUUUAUGGAUGAAAUAUGGAUUAUGAUUUUCGAGAACAACUUUGUGUCGAGAGAGCUACAGGUAUCCAAAAAACUUGAAUGAGGUCGUAGAAAAGGAACACAGAUUAUUAGAUAUAUUUUUUAAAUAACGUAUGUGGUUGAAGAAUUCAUGCACAGGAGUGCCUGGGCCUGGUAAUUUCUCAACCACGUAAACCUUUUUGGGGGAUUUGAUUCUUCCUGUUUAAUGGAUUAUGAUUUAUUACAACAGAGUGGCUUUGAUUUUACUAACUUCCUGCUAUUUACAUUAUUUUUUAUUUUGAGUUACCUAAAGUACAACUAUCAUAUUUCCUAACUAACUUCUCUUGUGUGUGUGUGUGUGUGUGUGUGUGUGUGUGUGUGUGUGUGUGCGUGUGGAUGUGUGUAUGUGUGUAUGUGUGUAUGUGUGUUUCAGAGUGGGGGUUACGACGUGGACCUGUUUGUGGACAGUCCAGACUAUGACCUGCUCUGCACCAUCUGUAGAUCUGUCCUGAGGUGUCCUGUCAGAGUGGCCUGUAACCAUGUCUUCUGCAAGACCUGCAUCCUACAGUGGCUCAGGAGGUACAGUACACAGGAUCAUGUCCUCAGUUUAGGAGAAACUGUAGAUAAAAUGAAUAUUGUAACCAUCACUGGUUUAUCAUUAGAACAGACAGUAGCUGUAUUAUUAUGAAAGGUAUGGAGCAACAUCCCACUGGAUACACACUGGUUGAAUCAACAUCGUUUACACUUAAUUUCAAUGAAAUGGAACCAACGUGGAAUAGACGUUGAAUUGAUGUCUGUUCCCAGUGGGAUGUGGUUCUAAUUUUGGGCACAUUUUCACAGUGCUGAAAGAUGAUUACCAUCUCAUUUCUUCUGGCUUCUACUGUAGAAAUGAUCAUUUUAAAGUGUAAAAUGAAUUUUGUUGAUUCAAUUCAGCUCUCUUCUCUAGACAGGAGACAUGUCCCUGCUGUAGGAACACUAUCAGUCCCAGCUUUAUGUUUGUCAUGUACAAAUUGAGUAAAACUAUCAGCCGCCUCAGGAUUAAGGUGAGUCAUCACAGCCUGGUGUUGCUAAAUGUUUCUAUUACAAAGUCAUGGGGUUCAUUUUUUCCAGAACUAAUGUGUGAGGGCCACACUGUGGGAAGGAAACUGAAUGUUUCAAGCAUAGAGGAACUCAUUUCCAUCAUGCCUCUCAUAUAGAAUAAAUCAUUUCUUCAUAAAUCAUUCAAACAACCGACGGCAAUCUUUGACUUUCCCACACUCUUUCACUUCCUCUCCUCUCCCCUCUCCCCUCUUCUCUCUCCUCUCCGCUCUACCCCUCUCACUCUCCCCUGUAGUGUAACAACGAGGGAUGCUCGGCCACUUUCCCUCUGUCUGAGGAGUUCCUCCAUAGUUCCUCCUGCCAGUUCCAGAGGGUCCCAUGCCCCCACCAGGGCUGUGGUUCCUUGGUGCCCCGCUCAACCCUGGAGGUCCACUCACAGCAUUGCCAGCACUGGAGCCAGCUCUGCCCCAUGGGCUGUGGUACUCUGCUCACACAGUCCACCCAGCCCCAGCACAACUGCUUCAGGUGGGUGGGUGUUAAAACACUAGGAGUGGGUGGAAAAGGGAUAUAUCAUUUGUAUCUUGAAUUUAGAAGCAUUCCUCACUUUAUUUCUUUUAGCAGACACUCUUAGUGGGUGCAUACUUUUUUUUAUUUUUUUCAUACUGGUCCCCCGUGGGAAACAAACCCACAACCCUGGCUUUGCAAAUGCCAUGCUCUACCAACUGAGCUACACAGGACUGUUGAUUAGUAGUAGUAGUAGUAGAUUAGUAGAUUAGUAGAUUAGGUGAGUUUUACUUUCCUGGAAUCCAAAUUUAGUAUCACUGAGAAGGAAAGGAAGUAGAACGAUAUUCAAGUCAUAAGAAGGAAUUCCCCUCGACUUUGCCCACAAAUUGGGGCAAACAAACAUUAUUUCCCAUUGACCCAUAUUGUAAGAGCCAACUUCGUCGUCGAUUUUAUGUUAUACAGAAAUAACAAAACAUGCUGAAAAGCUGCUGUGUUGUUCAAUGUACAUGUAGCCAGGUCAAUAAUCCCGACCUACGGUUCGUAAUGCUCCAACGUAGGGAAAUAGAGCCUGCGAGAAGAGCCCUGUGGCUUCAGGAUAUACGGUGUGGGAGAGUGGGAAAUGUGGGGACCUAAUGUUCAAGUAGGGUACAUUACAUUUACAUUUAAGUCAUUUAGCAGACGCUCUUAUCCAGAGCGACUUACAAAUUGGUGCAUUCAACUUAUGAUAGCCAGAGGGACAACCACUUAUUUUUUUUAUUUUUUUUAUGGGGGGGGUGGGGGAGGGGGGGUAGAAGGAUUACUUUAUACUAUUCCAGGUAUUCCUUAAAGAGGUAGCUAUGUGUAUGGAAAACCUUUCAUCACAGAUAAGACAUUUAACUUGUUUAGUAUAGUCAGUUUGUAACUCCGCUCACUACUUGUAGCUGUAUAGUCUGUUUGUAACUCCACUCACUACUUGUAGCUGUAUAGUCCAUUUAUUUGUGUUGUUACUCUUGGCUAGCUUAAUGUUCCAGUCGGUAACUAGCUAGCAUUCACUCACAAGUGGCUGCUAGCACCCUCAUGAAAAGGGGCAUGACAGAAGCCCUACUAUAUUACGUUUUUCUAAGUAGUGCGAACACUCGGGAACAGGCAAUGUUGAAAAGUAAUCUUUAGACAUGUUAUACUUUUCUUAAAUGUAGUUUUGUAAUUGACUAAAACAAGCAGACAAGAAAGGUCACUUUUUUCUGUGAGCCAAUGGGGUAACCAAGGUAACCAUGGGUUGUCUUCCCCCCAAGGCGGUGCCACAACGUUCUAUCUAAUACCGACUGGGAGUAUAUACAAAUUCUCUAAGUGAAGCUCGGUAUAAAUGCAUGAAUCCCCUAUGAUGAUAAUGAUGCUUACCCCAGGCAGCUGAGGCAGCAGGUGGAGGCCCAGAGGCAGAGCCACAGAGCCAUCGCUAGCGCCCUCCGGAGGAAGAUUGGGAGAAUGCAGGCCGCCAUGACACACGUCAGGAGGCAGGUGGCGCUCAUCUGUGAGAGCCUAGAGGUCAUGGGAGAGGAAGAAGGAGAGGGAGAGGGAGAUGAAUACGUAGAGGGUGAGGGGGAAGGAGAAGGGGAGGGGGAGGUGUAUGAGGGAUAUGGAGAGGGGGAGACUACAGGGGAGACUACAGGGGAGAGUAACACGAGCAGCAGUAGCAGCAGCUCCUGA